GAAAUUCGCAGCCACAAUCCCAGCUGCUGCCGCCCAAGAUAAAGAUUUCGAGGCCCCUCCCCCCAUAUCUUCCAGACAGAAUCGCUAGCCUUCAGACUUCUCCUCCGGUUGAGCACCGCACUUUUGGGGGUCCAGGGGGCCUUUGGGGCCAGGCUGCCACUAGGGGGUCCGAGCCCCAGGAUAGCUGUCCUGGCCGGCAAGGCCGGAAGUGCCAGGCAGGGCUGGGGUGGGGGCAGGGCAGAAAGCGGCAGCCGGGACCCUUGGGCUGCCCACUGGGCUGCGGAAGAUGGCCAACCAGUGUCAGUUCGAGGCUACUGUCCGCGUGCCCCAUCACACUGUCGGCACGUGGCCUGGGCACCCCGGUCCAAAGUAUCUGGAGCCGGUGAGGGGGGUGUGGCCUGUAGGGCGCUCCAGUAGCCCAGCUUGCUGUGAUCCUAGGCCAAUGGCAACGCUUCUCUGCGCUACCCCCUGUGACUGCCUCCCGGACGAGGGGGGGCUAAGGCUUUCCUGGUCCAACCGUGCAUAGACUGCCAGACCCACAUUCCAGGCAGAGUUCAGCCUCCUGAACCCUGAGCAUGGUCCCCACUGAUGACAAGGGUAAGGCAGAGAGUCAGAGUGGACCACAUGGGUUGGGGGUCAGAGCUGCGUUUGAAUUCGGGCACUGCAGGUGUUCAAGGGCUUACUGAGCACCUGCUGUGUACCUGGCAGGAGGCUGGGGGCUCAUUCCAGCCAGGCCCCAUCUCCCGGAAGAUUCAGAUUAAGUAGUUGCCACAGGAGAACUUCCUGGUGAGGUUUGCAGAUGGGAAGGCAGUGCUUACAACCAGAGCUGCCCUGCUAUCCUGCUGAAUUUGCAUUUGGCAUGGCUGGAAGUUCAGUUUCCUGAGAGAGGGAUUUCUGCCUAUUUCCCAAGUGCCUGGGGCACAGCGUGGGGGACAGAGGCAGAGGGGCUGGAGCCACGCGGAAGACCAGGCAGAGUGAAACAAACAGUUGGGGUUAAGAAGGGCUGGAGGCAGAGUCCUGGAACCACCGCCAUGGCCAGCAGCCUCUGGGUCACCGCCAGGGGGUGGGGCUGACGGGUUAUCAGCCCGGGCAAGAGGUGGGCAUUCCUGGACGUGUCCCUGAGGCAGGAGCAGGUACGAUGGGCAUCUGGGGACGACUGGCCUUCUUGCUGUUGCUGCUGUUGCUGCUGCGAGGCCUGGGGCAGUCCUCGUGGCCUGCAGCAGUGGCCCUGGCUCUGCGCUGGCUCCUGGGAGACUCUGCCUGCUGUGGGCUGCUGGUCCUGGCUGUGCUGGCGUGGCCCUGGCUCGGGCCCUGGAUGCCCCACUGGCUGAGCCUGGCGGCCGCGGCCCUCACGCUGGCUCUGCUGCCCACGCACCCGCCCCCAGGGCUGCGCUGGCUGCCUGCAGACCUGGCCUACAUCUUCAAGGUUCUUCGCCUGGGCCUGAACAUCCGGGCGCGCUUGAGCCGGCAGCCACCUGACACCUUCGUAGAUUCCUUCGAGCGGCGGGUGCGAGCGCAGCCAGGGAGAGCGAUCUUGGUGUGGACGGGGCCGGGGAGCCGCUCGGUCACCUUCGGGGAGCUGGACGCCAGGGCCUGCCGGGCGGCGUGGGUCAUGAAGGCCGAGCUGGGCGACGCCACGGGACCCCGUGCUCAGGAGCCCACCGCCCUCCUCGUGCUGCCCUCGCAGACCAUUCCUGCCCUGGGCCUGUGGCUCGGGCUGGCCAAGCUGGGCUGUCCGGUGGCCUGGAUUAAUCCACACGGCCGGGGGGCGCCCCUGGUGCACUCGGUGCUGAGCUCUGGGGCUCGGGUGCUGGUGGUGGACCCAGGCCUCCGCGAGAACCUGGAGGAGGUCCUUCCCAAGCUGCAGGCAGAGAACAUCCGCUGCUUCUACCUCAGCCACUCCUCGCCCACGCCGGGGGUGAGGGCUCUGGGGGCUGCCCUUGAUGCUGCACCCUCAGACCCCGUGCCCGCUGACCUUCGAGCUGAGAUCAAGCUGAGAAGCCCAGCCCUGUUCAUCUACACCUCGGGGACCACCGGGCUCCCGAAGCCAGCCAUCCUCACGUACGAGCGGGCGCUGCAGAUAAGCGGGAUGCUGACCCUGUGUGGGGUCAGAGCUGAUGACGUGGUCUACACGGUCUUGCCUCUGUACCACACGAUGGGGCUGGUCCUUGGGGUCCUUAGCUGCCUGGAGCUUGGAGUGACCUGUGUCCUGGCUCCCAAGUUCUCUGCCUCCUGCUUCUGGGACGACUGUCGGCAGCACGGCGUGACUGUGAUCCAGUAUGUGGGCGAGGUCCUGCGGUACCUGUGCAACACUCCCCAGCGGCCAGAGGACCGAACACAUAAAGUCCGCCUGGCGAUUGGCAGUGGACUCCGGGCAGAAGUGUGGGAGACCUUCCAGCAGCGCUUUGGCCCCAUUCGGAUCUGGGAAGUCUACGGCUCCACGGAAGGCAACGGUGGCUUUGUCAACUAUCCAGGGCGCUGUGGGGCCCAGGGCAAGACAAGCUGCUUCCUUCGAAUGCUGUCCCCCUUCGAGCUUGUACAGUAUAACAUGGAGACAGAGGAGCCUGUGAGGGACAACUGGGGCCUCUGCAUCCCUGCGAGGCCAGGGGAGGCAGGGCUCCUGCUGACCCAGGUGCUGCGUCACCAACCUUUCCUGGGCUACCGUGGGCCCCGGGAGCACACAGAAAGGAAGUUGGUGAAGAACGUGCGGCGCCCGAACGACCUUUACUACAACACCGGGGACGUGCUGGCCCUGGACGACGAAGGCUUCCUCUACUUCCGCGACCGCCUCGGGGACACCUUCCGGUGGAAGGGUGAGAACGUGUCCACGCGGGAAGUGGAGGGCGUGCUGUCACUCGUGGACUUCCUGCAGGAGGUGAACGUCUACGGUGUGCCUGUGCCAGGAUGUGAGGGCAAGGUGGGCAUGGCUGCCGUGCAGCUGGCCCCCGGCCAGGCGUUUGAUGGGCAGAGGCUGUACCAGCACGUGCGCACGUGGCUCCCCGCCUACGCUGCCCCUCAUUUCAUUCGUAUUCAGGACGCCUUGGAGAUCACAAGCACGUUCAAACUGGUGAAGUCGCGGUUGGUGCGCGAGGGCUUCAACGUGGGCAUUGUUGCUGACCCCCUGUACCUGCUGGACAACCAGGCCCGAGCCUUCCGGCCCCUGACUCCAGACAUAUACCGGGCAGUAGGUGAGGGAGCCUGGAGACUCUAACCAUCGGGUCAGCCCACAGGACGUCCGAAGGCACUAGGCCCAACGCUGAUCACCACCCCCUCUUGUAUUGUCACCCACACCCCAGACCUGCACGGCGUCAUCAGGAAUCCCAGCCUCUCCUUAUCCCCAGCUGCAGUGUGGGAUGGCCCUGGCCCCGCAGCAGAGCGAGAAUAAACUUGGAUGUGCACAC